CCGUGCCGUAGAUGUGCCUAGGUUUGUGAAAAUGAAGCGAAGAAGAAGUUAUUUCUUUUAAGCAAAACGCCGAGGUUCCCCGGAGGAGGACUUUGCGUCUACAACCAUCAUCUUUAUAAGUGGUAAACUUAGCUGUACUUUUGAACUUUUGUGCCCUUUGAAAUGAUGAAGCUCAAGUCAAACCAAACCCGGACGUACGACGGGGAUGGGUACAAGAAGCGGGCCGCCUGUCUGUGUUUCAGGAGCGAGACUGAGGAGGAGGUACUGCUGGUGAGCAGUAGUCGACAUCCUGACAAGUGGAUAGUUCCUGGAGGGGGAAUGGAGCCUGAAGAGGAGCCCAAUGUUGCUGCAGCUCGAGAAGUGUGUGAAGAGGCUGGUGUGAAGGGGACUUUAGGUCGCUUAGUUGGAGUAUUUGAGAACCAAGAGAGGAAACACAGAACCUACGUCUAUGUUCUUAUUGUAACAGAGGUGCUGGAGGACUGGGAGGACUCUGUCAACAUUGGGAGAAAAAGGGAAUGGUUUAAAAUAGACGAUGCCAUACAAGUGUUGCAGUGUCACAAGCCUGUGCAGGCCACCUACUUCGAGGCUCUCCAGGAGAGUUGCUUGACCAGUAACGGAACACCUUUGGUGGCCACGAUAGGUGGGGACCUCUCCCCUACCUACAGCAUCAAUCAGAGCUCCGUCUCGGGUAUCAGAUAACUAAAACCAUAUCUCUGAUACCCCCAGGAGCUUUCGCCACCACUUGCGCUCUUACUUGUGUCAUGUCAUUUCUCUUCUCUUCUUUCUUUUUUGUCUCAAUAACAUGGUUUGCCUUGCCAACUCCUUUGUGCCAGAGCGGUGGCACAGACUUGAUGACAAGUGUUGGGUGAAUAGUCUGAAACACUUUGUAAAUGUAAAUGUAAUUUUUGACCCCUCUUUUUUUCUUUUUACUGACAAAACUGCAUGUAAUGUCCCCUCGCACCCCUUCAUUCUCUUUUCCUUAACGCGCCCUUAGCGUGGUGUUUAUUGAAUGCAAGAACUACUUUUUACUGUUGUAAUGUAAAAGUGUAUACUUAGUGCUUAAGCUGAAGGCUUUUGGUGGUCUUUUAAACGUUUCCUCCAUUUUUCUUUUAUUUUCCUGUGAAUGAAUGUGCCCAUUAGUGUACUCCCUCCCCUGUUGUAAGGAUAGGAAGUGUUGUCUGUAUCUGAAUGAUCAGAGUUGUGGGAAGUGACUUGUCUUGCAUGAGCACUGUUUUGUUGCGUCUCACUCGCUCGAGUGACCUGAUGCUGACUGUGCAACGGACUUGUGGUAAGGUCUUUGGAUUCUCUUCAUUUUGGUCCUUAUCGUGGUUAUUGAUGUCUCUUUAAUAAGAAGGAUGCGGCCCCUCACUAGUCUUUGAAUUUGAAGUGUCAAGUGUGUUUCUCUCUCAUUUGGGAAGCUGGCCAAGCACUACAAGUUUCACUCUCAAAUAGAGCAUACAAAACUGUAAAGAGAGUGAAAGAAUGUCAACACACAGUGUAAAAUGAACCACCUUUCUCCUCAGUGUCUUUACCUCCUUUUCAUCCCGUUUUUGGUUUCUUCUUGUGAUUGACUACAAAGUCUUCCUCCACAUACUGAGAGGGUAGAAGUAGUAUUUCAAAAUUAUGGACUUGUAAUUUCAAAAUUCAACACAUAUCACUUAAGUUAUUAAAACCCAUUUCCACAUUUUACUCCUCACAUUCAGUUUGGUUAAAAGCAAUUGUUUACAUUGUGUUCGUAACAUAGCACAGGUGACUUUAGCAGGCACUUUUCAUUAGGGUCAUGAUUUAUUUUGUUUUUUUGAACCCUUCCUUUAGUAUUUAAUCUGCAUCCCCAAAAACACUCAAAACAUCUGCUUGACAUUGAAAGUAAUGGAAUCUAUAAUGCUGUCUUUGGCAAGAUGCAGAACAAACAAGCCUUGUACAGUUUGAGACCUCGUUUUUAACAUGUAAAAUGCUUUUGGAUACUAGAUUUUUUUUUUUGUUUGUUUUUGUUUUUUUGUUUUUUUCUCUCUAACGUCUGGCAAAAGUCUCUUUAGCCGAGCUGCGUCACUUGGCCCCGAUGUGGCGUGAGGCAGCUGGCUCAAUACUGUGAAACUGGAGGCGCUGUAGAUAGCAUGUUAGAGGUUUUUAUUGUAAAUUGUUUAUGUCUGUAUAGAUCAAAGGUGAGAGUACAAAUGACAAAACACCUCUUACACAUCUGUGAGUUGUACAUGUCAUUUCAACUGAGGCUGGACGAACUGAUUGAACUCAUGGCGUUGGCUUCGGAGCUGUUGGAGUUUUCUCUUGAGAUACCAUACAGUACAUCUGAGGCUAAAGAACAAGGAACGUGGCUGUGGUUGUAGGGGAACGUGACGAUCCGGUUUAUAAUUGACUAUCCUCAAAGUCAUUAUAUUUUUUGACCAAAAGUCAUUUGUAACAGUGAGGGAUUGCUGUUUUUUCUCAUCUUUGGUCAAGCUAUAAAAUGAACUACAACUGUAGCCUGAGAGUUUCCAAACCACUGCUCGGUUUAGAAGUAAGACCUGAAGUCCUUUUCAAGCCAGCGGCUGCUUCACUGUCCCCACUCAGUGUAUUUUCCCAUAGAGGGUUUCUUUUACUGGUCUUUUGCAAAAACUUGAGCACGAUACUGUGGUUUUCUGUCCAUAUUUAAACCUAUAGCAACACAUGUCUUUGCCACUUGGGUGCAGAAACAAGCUGUAAACAUAACUCUGACAUAUUAUCGCUUUAAGUUCGUUAUUGGCAAAUACUUGCUUAUUUACACAUCCGGCAUACAUGCAGCGACGACAGCAUUCAUUUGGCAUUGGCUUUGUAUCCAUCUGUUGAAUGUAAGUCUAAUAUUAUCUCUGCUUUUAGCUCUGUUUUGGUCUCCACCAAAUAUCUAAAUGCUCCAUUAUAUUCAUCACCUAGUUGCUAACUUUGUCUGCAGCCUCAUGCUUGACAGGUAGCGUAUAAUUGGUUUCUGUAGUUUUAUUUUUUUUUCUUUUCCUGAAAAUAUGCUACGGACAAAAACAAUGAGUGAAAAGAGCUGAAAGAUGCUAAAUAGCUCUGUAAAGCUGAGGGAAUGUUUUCAUUGGUUGCUAAUUCUCUGUGGGUUCUUAACUACAAGCGACCCCUUUAAUACACAAGCUCCCAUGUGAACCACUGUUAGUAUAGACAUAUUGAUUAUAUCAGCUUUGAAGUCAAAGUACAGGUAAUAAAUAAUUGACCUCUGAUUAGAUGUGGAUGAUGCACCAAUGGCUAAGCCUCGUGGAAAUGCUAACAAUAAGUAAAAAUUGUUUAAUCUUGGUUAAAAUAACGGGAUGCUUAAAGCUUGCUGUCCAGCACUGUAGCAGAGGCGUAUUUAACUUCGAGUAAGGGCAGAAAGCUCCAGUAUCAUGAUUCACCUGUCCAGAAACUGACGGAAAAGAGGCACUCGUGGGAAAUUACAUUGUGAUGUGAAAACUAGUAUGUCAAAAGGUAAAGUAGAAAAGGGGCAGGAGGACUCUGCAGUGAGCCGCGGUUGUCAAAAAGUUGUCUUUUAUUCGUGGUCUUUUCUCCCAUUCAUUGUUUGAUGGGGGCACAACUGUGCCAGCAAAUCAAGCUUUCGACAGACUUCUAAAACUGGCCUCUUUAUCACCCCUGAAUGAAAACAUUUUUCCUGAAUGACAGUAUACGUCUGAAGUCUUUUGGUUUGAGACUUUAAACUGAUUUUACUGCUGUGUAUCAGAAAGGUGUGGUGGCCAAAGUCUUGCUUUAUGGUGCCCUACCUGGCACUUCAUAUGAGAUUUAGUGUUGAUUGGACCUUUCAGUCUUCAUUGACGUGCAGUUGGGUGUUAAGGGGAUGAACCUACAUGGCUUAAAAUAAAAAAUAAAAAAAAUUUAAAUGAUCUCAGAGUAAUUGGCGAUGACUUAAUUCGCUCCUGACGGUUUGUUGUGGGUGACGUGUACUGUCAAAAUGAAUGUGAGGAGGAUUUCCACAAGUAACAGCCAGUGACUUAAUGAUUAAUGACCACUUGUUUAUCCAUUUUCUGUUUGUUCUUUAACCUGUUGUGUUAUUGACAAGCAAAUGUCAUGUAUAUAGCUAACACAGCACCCUUACAGCCAGAGGUCAAUAUGGAUUAGUGGGUUUUUUUUUUGUUUGUUUUUUUUUUAAAUAACUCCCGUCUUACUCAAAAUUCAGGCAGUUCCUGUCGUGAGUAAAGUGAUGAAGGCUGAAGUUCAGGAGGGAAUUUAUGAAGUAAAUGUCUCCACAUAAGCACAUUGGACUUAAUAUGGAGUUAUGAUGGAGCAAACACAUCUCCUCCUUCCUCCCCGUAAGGGUUUCUGCUGUCAUAAUUGGCUUAUAUCGCACCGAAGCCUUUGAACUUUGGGGGGAAAACAGGAUGAAUUAUCGAGAGAAUAAUUAGAGCUUCAGAUAAAAGUCACUUCCUUUAAUUUACCAAAGGUGAUGGUUUAAAUAUGUGUUGCCCCAUCUUGUGGCCAAAGCUAAAAGACAUUAAAAGCACAUCACUUUGCAGCUGAGGAUUGUAACAUUUAGUUUCCUUUAGCAUAGUGGUCAGGUGGCUGUUUUCAUAACGGAAUUACUUAAAGAAUUGUUAAAUAUUUUUCAAUUGAAAUUGAAAACGCUGUUAAAAGUUACCCCAAAUACUUGCAAUUGAAUAACAAACUAAACAUGCGUGCACUUCUAGCCGUUGACCUCAGCCUUGAAGUUACAUUCUUGUAAUCGUGUUCUCCAAGGUAUAUGUGUCACUGGAAUUUUCUUUUCCUCUCUUUUGUCAUUUGGGACUGUGGAAUAAAACCAGUGCGAGAAGACUGAAGAUUGUAAUAUAAAUGUGCCAACAAAUAAACACCAGUAUUUCACAUUCA